AUGCUUCUGCCGAUGGAGGAGUACGUCAAAAAGUUUGAGGCCUACAUGAAAAGCGGCAGUCGGCACGCAAUCUACCCAUGGACGGUUACAGCCAGGAUUCGUCAGUUUCCCUAUCUGUGGUAUUAUCGUAACAACCACUUUGUUCGGUGGUAUGUACUAACAAUGCCGAUUUUCGUACCUCUGUCCUUUUACUUGUUUUACAAGUUUCAUUUCAUCAAGAAGAAGCUGACCACUGUAUAUGAUCCGUUCAAUCCGAACGAAAUACCUAUCGAGAAGCUCCACGACCACUAG